CAUCAUUUCCGUUGAUUUCCGUUUUCGGCUCAACGGAGCACGUGUGUGGAGACUAGAGUAGCCCUUCUUUUCGCUUUCAGAGUUCAAGAAUAUAAAGCCUAUAGUAGCCGUUAUUUUAGAAAUUGCGUCGUAUUUGUUUCUGUAAUUGUCGCCGGUAAGAUAUUUAAACAUGGAAAACGAGACGAAAGAAGAGACAAAGGAAGAGGUAAAGGAAGAGGUAAAGGAAGAAGUAAAGGAAGAGGUAAAGGAAGAGGUAAAAAUUGACGAUGAUCACUUAAACGGUGAUUCUACCAGCGAGACCAAGACGAACGAGACUGUCAAGGUUAGCGAUACGCCGACCACGCAGACUGUUGACGCCAUCGAUGAAAAAGCAGAGCAAGAGACAAAAGAAAAUGGAAAAGAUGCGGAAGAACCAUCUGAAGUUCUUUUGGCGAAGAUUAAAACACAAAUAGAGUACUAUUUUGGCAAUGUAAAUAUGCAGAGGGACAAAUUUCUCAUUGAACAAACAAAACUGGACGAAGGCUGGAUUCCAAUGACUAUCAUGUUAAACUUUAAAAUGCUGGCUACUCUCAGCAAAGAUGUCAACGUAAUUCUAAAAGCAUUGGAAACCAGCGAUCUCAUGGAGAUAUCUGACGACAGGAAAAAGAUACGUCGCUCGCCAAAACGUCCCCUGCCAGAGUUCAAUGAAGGAUAUAGGAAAGCUCAGGAAGCUCGAACAGUUUAUGUCAAAGGCUUUCCGUUCACUAACACAACUAUUGACAAAUUGAAAGUCUUUUUUGAACCGUACAAGCCAUUUGAAACGAUUGUGAUGAGAAAAUAUCAAGAUAAAGAUAAAGUUCUUAAGUUUAAAGGAUCUGUUUUUGUGCAGUUUGAAACUUUUGAUACCGCUAAAGCAUUUAUGAAUACAGAAUCUGUAAAAUAUGAAGAUACCGAGUUAAUAAGAAAGUGGGCUGCGGAUUAUUAUGCAGAAAAAGCACAAGAGAAAGAGGAACGUAGGAAAAAGAAAGAAAAACCAAAGAAAUCAACUGUAAGCAAAACAGAGGAAACAAAGGAGACUGAAGAUGAUGAAACAGAGCAAACCUCUGCAGGAACAGAUAAUAAAUUGCCAAAAGGUUCAAUUAUUUACUUUUCUGGUGUUUCCAAGACGUGUACAAGAGAAGAUGUCAAGGAAUGUUUAGACAAAUUCGAUGCUGAUAUUGCAUAUAUCGAUUUUCAAAGGGGACAAACGGAAGGUUGGGUACGUUUGCAGGGAGAAAAUGCUGCCAAACCUUUGUUAGAAAAGACAAAUGAAGGCAAGGUGGUAAUCCAAAACAUUGAAGUUACCUGUAAAAUGCUCGAGGGUGAGGAAGAAGAUAAGUACCUCGCUAAAGCAAUGGAAGAUAUAGUAGCUUCAAAGAACAAAUACAAUAAAUCCAAACGAGGCGCCAAGAAAGGACGUGGAGCACGGGGUGGGAAAAAGAGAGGUAACAGUCCCUCGCACGAUACAGUUCCUGCUAAGAAAAGAGCUGUUGAAUAAGAUUGAUUUAUCCUGAAACCUUCAAAGUUACAUAGUGUAUGUUACACUUUAUUUUCAUUGCAUUAACGAAUUACAUAGAGAAAAGGAAAAUGU